AUGGCCGCCAAGCAGACGCCGGGAUUGCGCCGCCUGAAGGGACUUGCCCAGUCCUUCCUGGGUGUUCGGGGAGCGCAGUCCCGGCGCGUAGGGGCCGCUCGGCGGGGGCCGCACGGGCAAGAUGGUGAGUGGGGCCACGGGCGCGGGUCCCGCUCCUCCCCCCUCCCUCCCAAUCCCGGCCUGGGCCGGCCAGAGAAGGGGGCGGAGCUCCGAGCCACCAGUGUUGGGGUGAAGGGGCUGUGGCGGGUGGCCUGCGCUGGACUAAGGGCAGGGUGUGCUCGGGCGGCCCUCGGUCCCGGCGCGCUCUGGGCCGCGGCCUGGGGAGUCCUGCUGCUUACGGCCCCCGCAGGGGCGCAGCGCGGCCGGAAGAAGGUCGUGCACGUGCUCGAGGGUGAGUCCGGCUCGGUGGUGGUGCAGACGGCGCCUGGGCAGGUGGUCAGUCACAGGGGUGGCACCAUUGUCUUGCCCUGCCGCUACCACUAUGAGGCAGCCGCCCACGACCACGACGGCGUCCGCCUCAAGUGGACCAAGGUGGUGGACCCACUGGCCUUUGCCGACGUCUUCGUGGCGCUCGGCCCCCAGCACAGAGCAUUUGGCAGCUACCGCGGGCGUGCGGAGCUGCAGGGUGAUGGGCCUGGGGAUGCCUCCUUGGUUCUCCGAAACGUUACGCUGCAGGAUUAUGGGCGCUAUGAAUGCGAGGUCACCAAUGAGCUGGAAGAUGACACUGGCAUGGUCAAGCUGGAUCUCGAAGGCGUUGUCUUCCCUUACCACCCCCGUGGAGGCCGUUACAGCUGACCUUCAUUGAGGCGCAGGCGCCUGCGUGAGCAGGACGGCAUCCUGGCAUCCGCAGAGCAGCUGCACGCGGCCUGGCGCGACGGCCUGGACUGGUGCAACGCAGGCUGGCUGCGCGACGGCUCGGUGCAGUACCCGGUGAGCCAGCCCCGGGAGCCCUGCGGCGGCCUGGGCGGAGCCGGGAGCUCCGGGACGGGCGGCGGUGCUGCCUCCGGGGCGUGCGCCAACUACGGCUACCGUCAUAACGCCGAGGAACGCUACGACGCCUUCUGCUUUACAUCCAACCUCCCGGGACGUGUGUUCUUCCUGAAGCCGCUGCGGCCUGUACCCUUCUCGGGAGCAGCGCGCGCGUGCGCGGCGCGCGGCGCGGCCGUGGCCAAGGUGGGACAGCUGUUCGCCGCGUGGAAACUGCAGCUGCUGGACCGCUGCACCGCGGGCUGGCUGGCCGACGGGAGCGCGCGCUACCCCAUCGUGAACCCGCGCGCGCGCUGCGGCGGCCGCCGGCCGGGCGUGCGCAGCCUGGGCUUCCCCGACGCCACGCGCCGCCUCUUUGGCGUCUACUGCUACCGUGCACCCGGCGCGCCAGACCCCGCACCAGGCGGCUGGGGUUGGGGCUGGGCCGGCGGUGGCGGCUGGGCCGGAGGCGCGCGCGACCCCGCCGCUUGGACCCCGCUGCGCGUCUAGAUCCUGGGCGCAGAUGGCUGGGGUGCUUGGCGGCUGGCCGAGUGCUCUGCGGUCUCUUGGAGACAGACCACGUGACUGGAGACUGGCCUCUCCCCCUGCGGUGCGUAGCAGGCUGACCAGGCCUCCUGUGGUCUUUGAACACCGGCUGCGCCCCCGAGGUCCCCAUAGACUGGCCAAUCCCGGGAGACUGACCAAGCCCCCACCUCUCCUGGAUAGUGGAUUUCCCCUCCUCCUUCGACUUUCUCCAGGAGAUGGGGCAUGCCCCCUGAAGACCCCUGGAGGCCAACAGACGCUGAGGUCUCCUGAAGACUGGCAAUGCCUCCCCAGGUCACUUGGAAACAGACAGAAUCACCCCCUCCCCCGCGGUCUCCUGGAGGCUGGACCCCCGGGAUUAUCUGGAGAUUGGCCUCAGGCCGUCUGCAUCUCCCUGGAGACUGAAGACUGAUCCCUUAACCCUCCCCCUCAACAUGUAUAGAAAACAGAAACCUCAGAGUUCACCAGGUGAUCACGCCCCCGUGGUCACAUGGAGACAGGGCUCCUGUCCUCUUCCCUAUGGUGACCUGGAUAUUAGGUAUUCCCAUUCUUCCCCCCUUCCACUGCGAGUCCUCGAAGUUUGCAGAAUAACAGGCCACGUUCCCCGGUCACUGUGAACAGCCCCGCUCCUCCAGUUUCAGGGGAGACCAGCCUCGUCUGUCACCACAAAAACAGAUUGACAUGCCCCAGCCGGCUCGCAUGACUGGCGGCCAUGCCCCACCCCUCAGGUAUGUCUUUGGAGGGAGCAAAUCUGCUCCCACUUGAUGGCCUCUUUCCUGGCUGUCACCAAAGAGACCAUCCCCUGGGCCCAGGGAUCCGUAGGAUCCGUGUCACUAGCUGUGGAGAAAGCUGUCCCACUUCCCAUGUUACCAAGGCGACCAGCCCAACUUCUACCUGUAACCUAGUCACACCCAUGGAGAUAGUGCCUCCCUCCUCCAGCUGUAACCAUGGAUACCACACGUUUCCCAUCUCACCUCCGGGACACCAGAGAGCUACAACUCUGCUUCUUGAAGUCCCCAUCCUUACCAACAGCCGUGAAGACCACUCUCCCCUACCCCCAGAACUGUCCUGAGAGUGUCCCAACAUUCAGUUCUCCAGUUUUCACCAUGAGAACAGGCUGCCCUUUCCCCAGGUGCACCCCAGCUCUUUGCCCCCCAUCCAAGCUCCCUCUCCAAGCUGCUUGAGCCCCACAAUGGUUGCCAUGGAAGCCAAACUCUGGUGUUUGAGGUGACAGAACACCUGUCCCCCUAGGCUUUCCCAUGUCAGCAGGGCCCCACCCCAUCAAACUGUCACCACAGAGACCGGCAACAUCGUCUCCAUGACAACCAACCUCCCAGCUCUCAGGAACUUCUUACCAUGGGUGGGAACUGCACCCCACGGGAUUUAAUGUCUGCUCCUUAACCAGAGAGGCCCAGCCCCAGGCAGCAUCUCCAGAUAUGGCUGGGCUUCUGGAGCUGCUGAACACUCCUCCGUUUGCACGCUAACUAUAUCCCAGACAACAGUUGUGCACGAGACACCCCUGCAACCCCCAGAGGUCUGGCAGCCCCAGCCCUUUAUGCUGUGCAAGCACUGGGCUCCCCACUUCCCCUCUGAGACCACAUCUCCAUUCUCACUGAGUUCUCUCCUCUAACUGCCCCCUACCCCACGUUUCACUCCUUAGAGAUCCAGGAGAGACAGAAUGUUUUUUACACUUCAAAAUCCACAGGGAGCUACAGGCUCUAAAGGACAAUUUGUGCUAAGUGGUCAGAACCCAGCCAAACUCCCCCCAGCGUUGAGAGCCAGCUCGGGAGAGAUGGCCCAUGAACAAAGCCACCCCAGCUGUGGGAGCCCCCAGAUCCAAGGUCUUCCAUGGAAUAGCACUGAGGCCCCUCCUGGAACCCCCGACCCCCUUAUUGUCACAUCCAUCUUGAGGAAACCCAUCCGUGAGUUGUGGAAUCAGGUGGGUUGGGUUCAAAUCCUGCCGCUGCGACCAAGUGACAACCCCCCUGAGCCUGUUUCCUCCUCUGUACCAGAGCUGUUCUGAGGUCCCAGUGAGUGCAAAGCAUACAGCAGGGGCUCAAUAAAAAAAAGGUUGUUUUGUUU